GACAGAGACAGACAGAAAGAGACGAGUGUAGGAGAGAGAGAGAGAGAGAGAGAGAGAGAGAGAGAGAUGCGCGCAGGUAGAGCCGCGUGGCUUUAAGAGCGUCUGUUUUCCCCACUCGCUGAGCAUUUCCUAUCACCGGCUGCAGACCACAGAGCUGUCAGAGCUCACAUCUGUCUGCUCACAGAGGCUCGAGUUGUCGGAGCGAAAGCACGUCGGUGGCACACUUCGGAAAUACAUCCCGUUUUUGGUCUUGGUUUCGGAUUUACCGGAGCUUUUACGCGGCCAUGGAGUUACAGAAGUGGCGGUGUUGCGCUCUCGGUGCAUCUCUGCUCGCCGUGUUCAGCUCAGCCAUGACUGCCGCUCACUAUAGCUGCGAUGGAUCACUAGCAUCCGGGCUGCCUGCGGCCUCUUUCCAGAGUUCUUCACAUUUCUCAGAAAGUCGGGCUGCUAACUUUGCCAAGCUGAACAGGAGAGAUGGAGGUGGUGGGUGGAGCCCGCAGUUGACAGACAGGUCACCAUGGCUGCAGUUGGACCUCAGGGCACGCAUGGAGGUGACAGCUAUAGCCACACAGGGCCGCCAUGGCAGCCAUGACUGGGUCAGUGGCUACACACUUCUCUACAGCGACAGCGGGAGUGUCUGGAAGCAGUACAGGAACGAGGACAGAGUUGCGAGAUUGGUGGGGAACAUGAAUUCCGACAGUGCGGUCUAUCACAAACUCAGCCAACCCAUUCGAACCCGCUUUCUGAAAUUUGUUCCUCUCAAAUGGAACCCCAGUGGCAGAAUUGGGCUCAGGAUCGACAUCUAUGGCUGCGCAUACAAAUCAUAUGUGGCAGAUUUUGAUGGCAGAAGCUCUCUGCUCUACCGGUUUAACCAGAAGUCCAUGAGCACAGUGAAGGAUGUGAUCUCGCUGCGCUUUAAGAGCCGACAAACUGAGGGCGUUCUGCUGCAUGGAGAGGGCCAGAGAGGAGAUUAUAUCACACUGGAGCUACACCGAGGGAGACUAGCUUUACACCUCAACCUUGAUGAUACCCGGGUCAGGUCAAGCAGCGGCCGUAUGGUGGUCACACUGGGCAGUCUGCUCGAUGACCAGCACUGGCACUCAGUGCUCAUCGAGCGCUUUAAUAAGCAGGUCAACUUCACCUUGGACCGACAAACACAGCACUUCAGGACCAAAGGGGAUGGAGACUCUCUGGAGGUUGACUAUGAGCUCAGUUUUGGUGGGAUCCCACUCCCGGGAAAGCCUGGAACGUUCCUUAGACGAAACUUUCACGGCUGUGUGGAGAAUCUCUACUACAACGGAGUGAACGUCAUCGAUCUCGCCAAGCGACGCAAGCCUCAAAUAUACACUGUGGGAAAUGUGACCUUCUCGUGCUCAGAGCCGCAGCUGGUAGCCGUUACCUUCCUGAGCUCGAGCAGCAGCUUCCUGUCCUUUCCAGCUCCUGCUCCCUCUCCAGAUGGGCUCUCAGUCCGCCUGCAGUUCCGAACCUGGAAUCCCGAUGCCCUGCUGCUGUCCAGUCGACUGGCAUCAGACCUGGAACAGCAUUACCUGUUACUGCAUAUCAGCAGCGGCCGCCUCCGCCUCACGCACCACACUUCAGACCUUAAAACACUGGAAGUGUCCAUUGGACAAAGGGUGAAUGAUGGUCUCUGGCACUCAGUGAGUCUCAGCACCAGAGGUCUGCAGAUCAUCAUGACGCUGGAUAACGAACCAGCUUCCACCAUUCAGCUAGAGGACUACCUGGAACCAAGGGACAGUUACUACUUUGGGGGUUGUCCGGUGUCUCAAAAUGGCUCUGGCUGUAUGAACACUGUAAUGGCCUUCCAGGGGUGCAUGCGCCUCAUCCUCAUCAACAACCAACCUGUGGACCUAAUGUACAUCCAACAAGGGAUUGUAGGAAGCUGGAAUCAAAUAGAGUUUGACAUCUGUGGCAUUCAGGACAGAUGUCUCCCUAAUUUCUGUGAAAACGGCGGCCGCUGCUCUCAGACGUGGUCUUCUUUCUACUGUGACUGCACAGGGACGGGAUACAGUGGUGCUACAUGCCAUAACUCUAUCUAUGAAGCCUCAUGUGAGGCCUACAGACUUGCAGGAAGCACCUCAGGCUACUUCUCUGUCGAUCCUGAUGGAAGUGGCCCUCUGGGUCCAAUUCAGGUCUACUGCAAUAUGACAGAGGACAAAGUAUGGACCAUGGUCCACCACAACAGCACUGAUCCAGUCCGAGUCCACGGAUCGACACCAGAGAAACCCCACAAAGCACACUUUGACUACGGCGCCUCGCCGGAUCAACUGCGAGCCCUCGUGUCGCAGUCAGAAUACUGCCAACAGACUCUGACCUAUCAGUGCAGGAGAUCUCGACUCUUCAACACAUGGGAUGGUGCUCCCUUAUCGUGGUGGCUGGAGCGUGGUGGUGAGAGAAGGACAUAUUGGGGCGGUUUACUGCCUGGUGUUCAGCAUUGCGCCUGCAGCCUGGAGGAGAACUGCAUCGACAUGAACUUCUUCUGCAAUUGCGACGCUGACCGAGACUCAUGGGAAAAUGAUACCGGGCUCCUGUCCUAUAAAGACGACUUACCAGUGAGGGGAAUAGUAAUAGGAGACACAAACCGAGCAAGAUCUGAGGCAGUCUUCAGUGUUGGACCCCUGCAAUGCUCUGGUGACAAGUCUCUUUGGAAUGCAGCAUCUUUUUACGAUGAGGCUUCAUACCUGCUCUUCCCUGCCUCACAAAUGGAGCUCUCCUUCGAAAUCUCCUUCUACUUCAAGACCGGCUCACCCUUGGGAGUCUUUGUUGAAAACGUGGGCACGCAAGACUUCAUCAGAGUAGAGCUGAGCUCUUCUUCAGUUGCUACCUUCUCGUUCGAUGGGGGCUACGGGCCGACUGUGUUAAAUGUUAAAUCUCCAGUGCCAUUGAAUGACCGGCAGUGGCACUGGGUCCGAGCUGAGAGGAAUGUAAAGGAGGCAUCGCUGCAGGUGGACCAGCUGCCUCUGCGCUUCCUGGAGCCUCCAGCACACACACACAUACGCCUGCAACUCAACAACCAACUCUUCGUAGGAGGAACAGCCUCUAGGCAGAGAGGCUUUCUAGGCUGCAUGCGAGCGCUUAAUGUAAAUGGCAUGACCUUUGACCUGGACGAAAGGGCCAAGGCGACCCCAGGUGUGAGCUCGGGCUGUGCGGGUCACUGCAGCAGCUCUGUGGGCGUCUGCCACAACCGGGGCAGGUGUGUGGAGAAGAGCACCGGCUAUGUGUGUGACUGCACACACUCCGCAUAUGGAGGGCCCUCCUGCAAGGAAGAGGUAUCUGUGUCCUUUGAUAGGGGUUCCUCAGUGACAUACACAUUCCAAGAGCCUUUCUCCGUCAUGCAAAACAGGACGGCCCAGGUUUCCUCCUCAUCCAUAUCUGCAUAUAGCAAGUCCAGAGACAACAUGGCGCUUAGCUUUCUCACCACACAGAGUCCUGCUAUGCUGCUCACCGUCAACACCUUCACCCAGCAGUAUGUAGCUGUUAUCCUCGCUCGCAAUGGGAGUCUGCAGAUUUGGUAUCAGCUUCAUAAGGAGCGAAGGCCCAGUGUGUUCAGCCCUGUGCUCACUAGUCUGGCAGAUGGGAAGCUUCAUCGACUCCGACUUCACAGAGAAGGAAAAGAUGUCUAUGUGCAGGUUGAUCAAGACAAUAAAAAAUAUACCCUCUCACAGGACACUGACUUUAACUCGAUGAGAUCACUAACCCUAGGAAAAAUUACAGCAGGAACUGAUGCACUAGACGAGGAAGUAGCGCAAGCAGGAUCCAAAGGUUUCAUCGGCUGCUUUUCAUCUGUUCAGUACAAUCACGUAGCUCCACUGAAGGCAGCACUGCUGAACCGUGGGAGCUCUUUGGUCAGCAUACGAGGCCAUUUGCUUGAGUCUAAUUGUGGGGCGCUGGCAGAUUUAUCAACCUCUAAAUCCCGUCUAGACCAUGGGGACGAGGUGGGUACAGAUAACAAGCAUAGUGAAGAAGACACCCAAAGAGAUUCAGCGGUAAUUGGAGGUGUGGUUACAGCUGUGGUGUUCGUAACGCUGUGUUUGCUGGCUGUGAUGGCACGCUUUCUAUACCAACACCGGCAGAUCCAGAGGACCACCAGCAUCCAAGAAAAGGAGCACAGGCGCAGCCUUGAAGCUGCCUACAGGGCAGAACUUCACCUGAACCAGUCUAUAAGGGACAGUAUGAAGGAGUACUACAUCUGAUGGACAUUAAAAACCUUAUAGCCACCGAUUGUCCCUUCUCGAGUUUAGUCCUUCUGCACGCUUGUGGUGUGGACUUUACCUAGCACGAGUUGUGUGGACAAGAUCCUUCACUAAUGGAGCUUUGGAGAAUGUAGGGAUCUUUGGAUCUAGGUAGGUAGUAGCUAGUAGAUUCCCAACCUUUUGGUCCGGAGUAGCGGGUCUGGGUUGUGCUGUCUGGUGAUGGUGUUAUCAGGAAAGUCCCAGCAUUUCUUGGACAAUAUUUCUCUGAGAAAACCCUAAAAAAGAAGCAGUAUCUGGUUAUUUUUGAGACUUUUGGACUUAAAGUGUAAUGCUAUUAUCCACAACCUCAACACCCCCCUCCCCUUCCCCCACACGGCUGGAGAUAAAGUUAUAAAAGGCCUACUGCAACAGUAUGGUCAGAAAUCUUAUUUAUUCAUUCUUCAUUGCACUUCUUAAUUUUUUUUCCUGAAAAUUAUUAUUUGAGUGUGUCCAUAAAGUCUGUAGUGUAGAGAAGGCUAAAUAUUAUCCAUAAAUGUAGGCAGAAAUCAAGAGUGUUUACAGAUUUUCAGAUUUGUGUAGAACAGUGUGUCAAACUUGGGUCCUGGAGGGACAUCUAGAACUGGAGUCUGACAGUCUUGGUGUUGAAGUUUAAAUGGAAAAUAGGUCCAAAAAAUUUUAUCCAUUAUGUUGGUAAAAUGUAAAUUUUAAUACAAGGUAAUGUGAAUCAUGAUGUCUUCAUAAAACUAUUAUAUUAAAAAAAAAAUGUUGUCAAUGUUAUGGUGUGAAAUGUCAUGCCAUCUUUCCAAUGACUGAAACUCGACAUGGCAUUUUCUCUAUAUAGUCAAAGUCUAGUCAUUUGGAAACCUUCUCGCACGUUAUAUUUAAGGUUGGUGUUCUUGCAGUAAUUGAACGUAUUGACAGCUAACAGUUGAACAAUGCACUUUGACCACUUAAUUCAUUAAAACAAAUUCAACAACUCAACAUCUGAAUACCAGCCUUUAAAUAAUUCCUCAUCAUCCUUUGUUUUAAAUUGUAUUACCAUUAUUAUGUCUUCUUAAAACAGUGUUUCAGUCAGUUCAGACCUUUAUCUAAAUUUUUAGCUUUUAUUUCAAACUGAAUGCUUAAAGUGAAAAUCAGAACACCUCUCAAAGUUAGUAGUUGAAACAAUAGUACUUAAGUCAGAUAUUUAAACUUUUGAUGCACAGAAGUAGGGUGCUGCCAAGCAGUGCUUUUACUGGUAUGUUCUUCGGGCAGGUGAAUGACGCUUACAUUUAUUCACUCUUCACAAAUGAUUCAUCUAUCACUUCAUCGCUUUUAUAGCUUUUAUUAUCAUUUUUAUGGUUUUCCUUUCCUUUUUUUCUUUUAAAUGAAAGUGUCCUUUAAUAUGUUGCUCCCUCUAUUUUCUAUCUACCCAAUAUGGAUUAUUUUAGAUGGCCUGUUUUGUAUAAUUGUACAGCUAUGCUGUAAAUAAAUAUAUGUUUAAUAAAAAAACAGAUUUUUU